UGACGUAGGCGCUAAGGAAGUAGUGCUUGCUGGUGCACCGGCGCCUCGUUUUGUAGUAGUGCCAAAGCCAGUGGCUUCUGCAUUCCAUGCUUUAGAAGCCCCACCUGUACUGUUAAAAAAGCCACAUUCGCUCUAGUGUUUGUGCUUGACCUACUUAAGUGCUAAUUUGUUUAAAUUAGCUCCCCCCCCCGCUAAGCAAUGGAAACGGAGGGUAAUUUGAAUAAAAAACAGAAGCUAAGCAACGCUCCUGAGAGCUGGGGAAUGCAACGUGCAACUAAUGUCACCUAUCAGGCUCAUCAUGUAAGCAGAAAUAAACGAGGUCAGGUUGUAGGCACAAGAGGAGGAUUCAGGGGGUGCACUGUUUGGCUCACUGGUUUGUCUGGUGCGGGAAAAACAACAGUCAGCAUGGCUCUGGAGGAGUACCUGGUUUGUCAUCGUAUCCCCUGCUACACCCUGGAUGGGGACAAUAUUCGUCAAGGUCUGAACAAGAACCUGGGUUUCAGCCCAGAGGACCGUGAAGAGAACAUUAGGCGGAUUGCUGAGGUGGCCCGGCUUUUUGCUGAUGCAGGACUGGUCUGCAUCGCAAGCUUCAUUUCUCCUUACAGCAGAGAUCGCCUUAACGCACGGAAGAUCCACGAAGCAGCGGGACUACCGUUCUUUGAGGUUUUUGUAGAUGCCCCGCUGGACGUUUGUGAGCAGAGGGAUGUGAAGGGCCUUUACAAAAGAGCCAGAGCAGGGGAGAUAAGAGGAUUCACUGGCAUCGACUCAGAGUAUGAGAAGCCCGAAGCUCCAGAGCUGGUGCUGAAGACUGACUCCUGCAGUGUGAAUGAGUCCAUCCAACAGCUGGUUGACCUGCUUCAAGAACGGGAUAUCGUUCCGGUUGAUGGUUCCUAUGAGGUGAAAGAGCUGUAUGUUCAGGAGAAUAAAUUGGAUCUUGCUAAGGCUGACGCAGAGACCCUCCCUGCUGUGCAGAUUGGAAAACUGGACAUGCAGUGGGUGCAGGUGCUGGCUGAAGGCUGGGCCACUCCUCUGAAUGGCUUCAUGAGAGAGAGAGAGUUUCUGCAGUGUCUUCAUUUUGACUGCCUGCUGGAUGGUGGAGUGAUCAAUCUUUCUGUGCCUGUGGUGCUGCCGGUGUCCACUGCCGAUAAGGAGCGUUUGGAUGGCGUCACCGCUAUGGCCUUGGUGUACGAGGGCAAAAGAGUGGCCAUCCUUCGUAAUCCAGAGUUUUAUGAACACAGGAAAGAAGAGCGCUGUGCUCGGCAGUGGGGGACUACCUGUAAAGACCACCCUUACAUUAAGAUGGUGAUGGAAGGUGGAGAUUGGCUGGUAGGUGGAGACCUGCAAGUUCUGGACAGGAUUCGUUGGAAUGAUGGUCUUGACCAGUACCGCCUAACUCCCAACGAGCUGAGGCAGAAGUUUAAAGAAAUGAAUGCAGACGCCAUCUUCGCCUUCCAGCUCCGUAACCCAGUGCACAACGGCCACGCCCUUCUAAUGCAGGACACCCAGAAGCGACUGAUCGAGCGGGGCUACCGCCGGCCCGUCCUGCUGCUCCACCCGCUGGGGGGCUGGACCAAGGACGACGACGUGCCGCUACCAUGGAGAAUGAAGCAGCAUGCCGCAGUGAUGGAAGAAGGCGUGCUGAAUCCAGACUCCACCAUUGUUGCAAUUUUUCCCUCCCCCAUGAUGUAUGCGGGGCCAACCGAGGUUCAGUGGCACUGCAGAGCGCGCAUGGUGGCUGGAGCCAAUUUCUACAUCGUUGGCCGAGACCCUGCAGGCAUGCCUCACCCCGACACAGGAAAGGACCUGUAUGAGCCCAGUCAUGGAGCCAAGGUCCUCACCAUGGCUCCGGGCCUCAUCAGCCUUGAGAUAGUACCCUUCAAGGUUGCUGCUUACAACAAGAUCAAAAGAGCCAUGGACUUUUAUGACCCCAAGAACCAUCAAGACUAUGACUUCAUCUCAGGCACCCGCAUGCGUAAGCUGGCUCGUGAGGGACAGAACCCUCCGGAUGGCUUCAUGGCGCCGUCGGCCUGGGCUGUGCUGAAAGAGUACUACAAGUCACUGGAGAAGGCCUGAAGGUGCUGAUCCUCGCACGACCAAGACGGGAAGAAUGGGAACAGCUUCUGCUCCAAAGGAGGGGACCACUCACGUCUAUAACACAAACCUUUUAUCUGUCACUUUCCUGCUCUAUGCUUCUGGUUUGUUUUUAGUUUUGUCUUGACUGCGUUUUAGCUGUAUGUGUUUUAUUUAUCUGCAUUUAAAAACUAUGAGAGAAGUCGGUUUGCUGCAAACAUGACAUUUUAUAAAAGUAGGCGUUAGUGUUUCAUUAACACUUAAACUGUAUUUUCUAACAUCUGGUUUAAAACGAUUGUACAAAAAUGAUCAAAGAUGCAAGAAGCUCCUGAUGACCUGAAUGGACGGGACUGUUGAACAGUACUAGAAUGUUCAGGAAUGACUUUUGAGUUUUGUCCACAUCUAAAGUGUUACUAAUGGAGUUCACCUUUUGCACGCCUGCGGCACAAAGAAGCUUCUUUGUAUUUUCCUUGUGCAAAAGACAAAAGAUGUGUGCACAAGUAUUAAAAGUGUGAGUUGAGUGCCUUGGUCUUCACAAUCAGUCACGUCUUGUUUAAAAAAGAACAAAUAGAACCUUUAUUAAUUGUUUUUAUUUGUUUUGUCCCAGCUGUUCAUGUAGUGGUCAGUUCUUUAAUUCAAAUUGUCUUCCAUCAUAUUAACCUCAUUCUGCAUGUAACUAUUUACAUGUCAUAUAUUUAACCUUUUUUUCUUGUAUCUGCUAAUAUUUUUCUGUAUUUUUCCUGGUAUUCUAUAUAUUUAGGUGUUUGGAGAUGGGGUAAUUCUAUUCCUUGUCCAAUAAACAAUUUUUAGAAAAAAAAAUAACUCA